CGUAGAGCUUUGUGUUUAAGCGGGAAUGCCAAAUUUGAAGUGGAAGAAGAAGGAGAGGAGAGAGGAGAGGGAGAGGGAGAGACUCGCCGAGACACCGUCCGAUAGCGUCAUCCGAGCUCCGGCUGACACGACCAUCCUCCAUGGAGGAAACCGUAUACCAAAUAGUUUCAGAGAUUGAAACUCACCAUUCAUUCGCCGACACAAACGCCCAAACCCUCAUCUCUGAGACAACUCUCUUAGCCCUCCGGACCCUCCUCGACAAAGCUCUUGAUUCCGAUGACCCACUCGACAUCGAGCGUCUCUACGACCAGCUCCAGUCCAAGAACCUCUCUCUAUCAUCUCUGGUCCGCCCAAUCACUUCGGCCAUGGAUUCGGGUCCGACCCACCUCUCUAUUUUAGCUUCAAAUGUCUACCUCUCUGUUCUCCUUUCACCAAACGCCCCCGUUUUCACCCUUUUCACUCCCAUGGCGUUUCUCUCCCUUCUUCGCUCGGUUCGGAGGGCUUUGAAGAAUCCUAAUUCGGCCCCUCUGACCGUUCUAACUGAGAACCGGAGCCGGAAGAAGAGGGCGCGGAAGCGGGCUCGGAAUUUGGAAGAGAAUGGAGAUGGGAGUGAAGAGAGGCAAUUUGAUGUCAGAUUCUUAUUUUCUGUUCUCGAGAGGUUGGUGCUUGUUCUGGGGUUGGUUCAUUUGGACCGGUUCCCAGAUUGUUUGAAUUCUCUGAUCCAGAGCGUUGCUGAACUUCCAGCAAUUGGGUUUGAAUUCUGUGGAUCUUCGAGCAUUCAUGGUAAGUUAUGCGAGUUGUGUUCGAUGAUUUUGAGCGAGAUUUUGAAGCCUGAGCAUGGGGAUCAGGCAGUUACUGCGGCUCAAGUGUUGAAGUCAUUGUCUCCAACGAUUCUUAUGUUCAAGUCGCCUGCUCGGGCCUUUGCUCUUGGGUUUGCGGUGAAUCGUAUGAUGGGUGUUGCGAAAAAUGAGGGUGGAAUCAAGAAGGCAAUUGUGAAUCUGCCAAAGUAUCUGGUGCAGAAGGCUCCUGAGAAGUCUGAGGCUCGGGCUUCAGCUGUGGAAUCAAUAAUGGAGAUUGUGAAAGCUAUGGAAUGCGAAGAUCAAGUUACUUUUGUUGAGUAUGUAGUGAAGAUGACCCAAGGAAAGACCCAUUUUAGGCUUUUGGCUGUGGACCUUGUUCCAAUGCUAAUGACGUCUUUGAGAGAUCCUUUAAGGCUGAAUUCUGAAGGUGGAUCUCAGAAUUCUUGGGGGUUGAGGUGUUUGGAGGCUUUGAUUCAGCGAUGUUCAGAUGCAACUGCUGGGAUUCGAGCAAGAGCUCUGACAAACUUGGCACAAUUGGUGGUCUUUUUAUCACAUGAUGAUGGGUCUGAGGCUGUGUUGAAGGAAGUAAUGGGGUUUGGUAAUGUGGAUUGUAGCAGGCAAGAAGGUGGGAUGUAUGAUCUACUAAGAAAAAGGUGUGCAGAUGAAAAGGCAGCUGUGAGAAAGGCUGCACUUCUUGUGAUUUCCAAGUUAACAGCUGUUUUAGGCGGAAAACUUGAUGAAGUUUUGCUCAAGACAAUGGGCAUGGCUUGUUCGGAUCCACUUGUCAGCAUCCGGAAAACGGCAGUUUUGGCUCUCUCAGAGGCCUUCAGGAAAUUCUCAGACAAAAGUAUGAUUAAGGAGUGGCUACAUUCUGUUCCACGGUUAAUAACCGACAAUGAAACUAGCAUUCAAGAGGAAUGUGAGAACUUAUUUCUAGAGCUAGUCCUGGACAGAGUGUCGAGAGCAGGAUCAAGUGACUUCUCCCAUAUCAGAUCCGCUUGUCAUAAUUCAAAUGUCAAGACAAAAAGUUUAGAUAUGGAGAUUGAGUUGUUAUGUCCUGAGGGAGUUUUGGUUAUCUUGAAAGAGAUCUGUGAUGGGGAGGUGACACCUUGGGUGAAGAAGAUCUGUGCAAGCCUGGGUAAGAAGCAACGUCUUAAGCCCAAAAUUGCUAUUGCACUUCAAAAUAUUAUAAAGAUGUCUGAAUCUGUGUGGUUGAGUCGUUCAAUGCCAAUAGAAAAGUGGACAGCCCCUCCUGGUGCUUGGUUUCUUCUGUCAGAAGUGUCGCCUUUCCUUUCAAAAGCAGUAGACUGGGAGUUCCUCCACCAUCAUUGGCGACUCCUUGACGAGCACGUACCAAGUGGUGAGGUUAAGAGUCCCCUUGGACGAGGACUUGAAGAUGAAGAGGCCAUUGACAUAGAAUCCAAUCCGAUUGCUCGAGAAGUAGAUCGUGUCUUUCUCUUGCAAACAAUUUCUAAUGUUUCGGUUAAGUUGCCUCCAGAGCCUGCUGCAGAUUUAGCUCAUAACUUGCUUAAACGAAUUGAGGAGUUUAACAUGGAUUCCACAGAGGUUACUGCCCAUGUAAAAGCACUCAGAACAUUGUGCAAGCGAAAAGCUUUGAGUCCCGAGGAAGCUGACGUCCUUGUUAUGAAAUGGGUGAACCAGCUUCUCUCUAAAGCUUCCCAAAUUCUGGAGACCUACAUGUCGAAGGACACAGAAGCAAAGAAAGACAGUAGUUUUUUCACCCCACAAAGAAAUGGGAGUAAAAAGGGCAAGACAACACAGCCCAGAUUGUUGUCACAAGUAAUUACUGCAGUUUAUACUGUUGGGUCCUUGGUUGUUAUUUGUCCUUCAGCUGAUCUAAAAGCUGUUAUUCCAGUUUUACACUCCAUUAUCACUUCGGGGAAUUCUGGCAUGAAAUUGACCAAGUUGACUGGCCCUUCAGCUUCUAUUAAGCAGAUUGCCCCCUCUCUGUACAUACAAGCUUGGGUAGCAAUGGGCAAGAUAUGCCUUGCAGAUGGGAAACUUGCAAAGCGUUACAUUCCCUUGUUUGUGCAGGAGCUUGAAAAGAGUGAUUGUGCAGCCCUUCGCAAUAACAUUGUAGUGAUGAUGGCAGAUUUUUGCGUCCAUUAUACUGCUCUAGUUGAUUGUUACAUAUCAAAGAUCACAAAGUGUCUCCGUGAUCCAUGUGAACUUGUGAGAAGGCAGACAUUUAUACUUCUCUCCAGAUUAUUACAGAGAGACUAUGUGAAGUGGAGAGGAGUGCUUUUCCUCCGUUUUUUAUUAUCCCUAGUUGAUGAAUCGGAAAAAAUAAGACAACUGGCUGAUUUCCUCUUCGGCAAUAUCUUAAAAGUUACUGCAGCUAAGGCACCACUUCUGGCUUAUAACAGUUUCGUGGAGGCCAUUUUUGUUCUGAAUGAUUGCGAUGCCCACAGUGGACAUAGUAAUUCUCAAAGUUCAAAAUCUGAGAGCCGAAUGUUUUCUCUUAGAGGCAACGAUGAGAAUUCAAAGUCUAAAAGAAUUCACAUUUAUGUUUCAUUGUUGAAACAAAUGGCUCCGGAGCACCUUCUAGCCACCUUUGCCAAGGUUUGUGCAGAGAUCCUCGCUUCUGCAUCUGAUGGUAUGCUGAACAUAGACGAUGCGACGGGACAAUCAGUUCUGCAGGAUGCUUUUCAAGUUCUUGCAUGCAAAGAAAUUCGUAUGCCAUCCAACCGUGGGUUGAUAUCUGAGGCAGGAGACUUGGAGGAAGAAGGUGGAGAUGGUGGAUCGGCUGUAGCUGCUGCCAGAGGAAGAGCUAUAACUCAGGCGGUUAAAAAGGGCCUUAUCCAGAACACAAUCCCAAUCUUCAUAGAGCUGAAACGGCUGCUGGAGAGCAAGAACAGUCCCCUAACAGGUUCCCUCAUGGAAUGCCUCAGAAUCCUUCUCAAAGACUACAAAAAUGAGAUUGAUGAAAUACUGGUUGCCGAUAAGCAGCUCCAGAAAGAGCUUAUUUACGACAUGCAGAAGUACGAAUCGGUGAAGGCCAAAUCUACAGCUGCUGCAACCGUUCACGGCUCGGACACUUAUCGAUCACCUGAAAGGAAGGAGCAGAAUGAGCUCCCUGAGAGAAGUCAGUCGAAACUGGCUUCAGCAAUGGCAGAUGCAGCGGCUGAAGCCAGGGCGCGUACUGUGCUCAGGGAAGUGAACCAGGGGGCUUCCACGCCGCCACUCAGCGCCAUGAGUGUGCCUAAGCUCAAGUCUUCGACAGGGGCAAGGGCUUCUGGAGGUGAGCAGGCGGCUGUGCUUGAAUCUUUGAGAAGAAGACAAUGUUUUGACUCUGAUGAAGAGAACUAACUGCUCACUGUCGUAGUAAACUUGGGGCUUCCGAUUCAUGUACAUUCAAGAGCCUUGAGAGCCCUGCAUGGGAAUUUGAUUAAUUCACUCUUGUUUCAUUCCUUGUGUCUUGUCUUCUACCUUAUGAACAACUGUAAAUACAUCGUAUUGGCUACUCAAUAUCAUGCUUGGGCCAUCAGGCCAAAGCUUAAUUUAUUUUAUUAA